UUUUUGCAGCAUCCCUUCACUAGUUCCAGUCUUUUGUUCUCCUGGGUUAGCACUUUCCAUCGAGUUCCUCUUUUCACCUACUGCUGCAAUAGUUCCCUUCUCAUAGCUCAUCUUUCCAAUUGUUCUUUUCCCUUCCUUACGUUGGAGUAUCUUCACAUUUUGAGUAGUGAGAUCCCUCUCUUUGUUGGAAGUCUCUGUCCCUUCUGUGUUGCUUAUCUUCUCCAAGCUAAAGUUGUAGGAUAAAUUAUUUUAAGGUCAAAUUUUAAAUUAGCAAGUAAAAUGAAGUUAGAUAUUAUACAAGGGUUGGCUUUAUUUUAGUUUAAUAAUAUUUCAUAAUAUUUGCAUGUCACUUGUUGGUAUAUAUUUAGCUAUUUCAAUUAGGACCAAAUCAAUAAAUAAUAAACUAACUAGAACGUGAUGCUAUACACUGGUUCUUAGGUGAGUGGCAUUGUUCAUGACUUGUAAAUAAUGCACCUUUCUUCAAGUUUUAUAUUAUAGAUUGAUAUAUCAAUGUGUUAAUUGGUUUAAUGAUUGGUCUAAUUUUAAAAACAUUGAUCCUGAAAUGACUUUGAUUUUGAAUAUGAUCCAACCAGAUUUUAGGGCAGAAUAUUGCAAUUUUUGAUCCUCUUGAUGAUAUGAAAGCCUGGAAAUUUGUGCUCAGAAACUUCAACUUAUUUUCUGAAAGAAAACAAUGGAAUGCACGGAACCCAUGUAUGAAAGAGAGAAGAAAGGGGGAAGCUUUGCAUGUAUCAGCAAUAUCUCUGUUGUAGAAAUAGACUGCAUAAUAUAUGGACAUUGUGCUCAUGAAAUGGUCAAAUAAUUUGGAUAAUUCCCAUUUAAUGGUAUCUUUCUUGCUUUCCCUUAGAUGUUUUCCAAGGCUGUAUGCUCCUUGCUAGUUCUGAAGCAAUGGGAAACUGAAUGGGAGUAAAUGCCUUCUAGUGUUUUUGAAUAAGUCAUGCUCAAGCAAGUCUUCUGGCUUUUCCCACCUUUAAGUGGGGGAAAAAAGGAAAAGAAAAUGUUGAACUGCUGUUCUAUGGAAUUUGCAGAGAUCAUUUAAAGGAUAAGAGAUUGUUCUGUACUAAUUUCCACCGUCAUAAAGUAUGAAAUUAAUGGUGGUCAAAAGUCAAGUGAAGCAGUAUUUCCUUGAUGAAUAGACAGGCUUGCAAUUAUCUAUAACAGUUGGACUACAGGAAAUGCUGUUUAAUUGGGUGCACUGGCUAGUGAUAUCUUCACUGAAUAGAUGUGCUUAUGAUUUUUCGCAUUGGUUCUGGAACUGCUCAUUAUUCCAAUACAUGAACUAAAAUACCUAAUUAUUUUUGGGCAGGACAUUCUCAUAGCACAUGCUGACUGUCUGCUCUGCAUUAGACAAAAUGUCUUUCAUUACUUCAAUUGUUUUUUCUGCCUUUAAUAUUUGAAGGGAAUCAGCUAGGAUCCACUUUGAUGAAUGACCUGCAAGAUCAGGAAAAGGAGCUUAAGCAAUAUAUAUUGCAACUUGAAAAUGCUGAGGCUGCUAGGGAUUCCUUGCUUUCCCAUCUUAAAGACGCACUUCUGGAACAAGGAUCAAGGCAGGAGAUGGUCCGCACGCAGUUGCUGGGUGCACGGGAACAGAUUGACCGGGCAGUUUGUGUAAGGAAGAGGCUUAACCCAGCAGCAGAAGACACAAGGGUGUUGGAGCAGAAUGCUCCUUCAGCUCAAUUUAACAGCACCUCUGCACAGCCUCCUUUUAGCCAACCUCUUUUGUCAUUUGCUCCUCUCAAGACUACUGAAGAAGAUAACAAGAAGGCAGCAGCGGCUGCUGUUGCUGCUAAGCUUGCUGCCUCCACAUCAUCUGCUCAGAUGCUUACGUCAAUUCUUUCCUCUCUUGUUGCCGAGGAAGCUGCUUCCAUGAAUGGUAGCUCAAAACCCACUGGAUUCACUUCUGGACUACCUAUGUUCAACCCAGAGAAAAGACCCAAACUUGAAAAACCAUUGCCUGAUGUCAGCAAUUCUGAUGCAGGUGGCUCUUCAUUUUUUGCCCCUUCAUCACAGCCUUCAAUGGCAAAUAUGCCACUUGCACCUUCACUGAACCUCCAGGCCAUGUCACAGCCUAGUCAAUUGCAAACUGCAUUUGCUCCAGCACCCCCGCCCCCGCCCCCGCCUCCACCCUCUCAUUCUCCAGCAAAUCAAUAUGUCCAAUCCACUGGUUUGAUGAUUGGAGGUAUUCCUUAUGGAUAUGGAUCAAAUAACCUCCCACCUCCACCUCCACCUCCUUUACCUCCGCAUGUAGCAGCAGGGUUAUCAAGGCCGAACACUCAGCCAUCACAGCAGUCACAAGCUCAGCAAGCACAGCAACAGCAACAGUCUGCAACAGGAGGAUUUUUCAGGCCACCUGGCGUUGGGUUUUAUGGGCAAAGCCAUCCUUCAACACCGCCAGUACAUAGGCAGUGAUCAUUGUUCUAAGGACCAUUGGCCAACAUUGCCGCAACUUUUAUAAUUAGCGAGUUCCCCUGGGACUUUGCUGUAAGCCGAGGAUGUUCUCUGAGGCUCUGUAACAAUGUAAAUUAGUAGAAAACUAGAUAGCUGAUGUCAGGAUUUGCCUGUAGCCUUUUAUACCCUUCAGGGAUCGCCCCUUUGCAACUGCCCUUUCAUUAGUGGUAGGUUUUGAAAUCUUUCCUGUACCUGUACCUAAGAUCAUAUUCUGUUGAGUCAAUUAUUGCGGAUCAGAACCUGAUGGCCCUCACUAGAUUUUCUUGUUCCCUUUUUCAUUAAAUGUUUUAAAAAUUGGCAUGACUUUUGUGCUUUUUGUAGA